AUGGCCGCUUCCAACUCGACAGCUCUGGUUAGCUGGCGGUUAGAGGACGGCGGCCGCUCCACAUGGGCUUUGGUGUGGUCCUGUUUGGUAACAAUAUUUGCUUGUACUUGGACAGUCCUACACUUAAAUCUUCCUCGGCGGAACUCGCCGACAGUGCGAAUAGUUCUUGCGAACAUCUCUUAUUGGCUCCUCGCUAUCUUCUUUCCAGAAUAUGUGUUCGUGCACGCGUCAUAUGGGCUUUACCGAGCAAUGCUAUUGAAGCAGGUGUGCAACCAAGCCCAAAAAACCCGAUAUCUGGAUUUAGUGGAUCGAGAAUCUUGGCUGUCUAAACGCGCCAGUCCACUAGAGCAAAAGCAAAACCAAGAGUCUGCUGAACCCCAUCUAUUUCGCACUGAGUGGACACUUCGAAAAUGUUUCUGCAUUCUUGCUGGUGGACUUGCCUUACAAACCCAGGAUGGAUGGAUUUACGUCCUCCGACGAAGCGAUAUGCAAUUGUUUAUUCAAGCUGGCAUAAUUGAAGACGUGGACUUUCACGAUCGUGAUGUUGAAGACCGUGCUAAAUCAGAUUCUUUGGGAAAAAUAUUCACUGUUAUUCAGACCGCCUGGUUCCUAGUCAACAUGAUAGCAAGAUGGGCGAAUUCUUUACCGGUUGCACCCAUUGAACUAGCGACAGUUGCUUAUAUUGCCUGCGGCCUACUGAUGUAUGCUACGUGGUGGUAUAAACCGAAAGGUAUGGCCGCACCUAUCACGAUUUAUGUCAGAAGCGAUCGUGAGGACAUGCCAGCCCAUCUUCUCAAUCACAUAGCGACAAAUCCCCAUGGUUGGGUUCACAUCCGUGCACAAAUAAAGAAAGCGACGGUGGUUUCUGUCUUCGCGCAGACUAUUCGAUUCUUUUUUGAAGCGACCAGGAUCACUGAAGAUGUGGUGAACGACGAUGUCCCAUAUACUAGUCUCUAUAAGCCAUCUCAUGGAUGCAUUGUGACUGCCAUCAAUACCUUUGUUGCGUUUCUUUACUGUGGUAUUCAUCUCGCAGGGUAA